AAUAGGUUGCAGCAAAAAGAAAUUUUCCACUUGUCCUUAUCAUUUGUUUUAAUUAACUUUAAUGUUUACCUAUCAAGAGCAAGUUAAUCAACUAAAUCAACGUCAUUUAGAGCAUUUCGCUAGUAGCAUACUAAUGUGUCUGUCUGUAUGUUAAGUACCUCUUCACGUUUAAACCGCUGAACGGAUUUAGUGACUCCCGGGGUCCCUGGGGAAGGACAUCGGAUAGUUUUUAUGUUGGAAGUCAUCCCUAAAGAGGGUGAAAAGGGGGGUGGAAAUAAGAAAAUUAAUGAAUUGCCUGUUAAUUGGUGUAAGCAUAUUACGCUAGAAAUUAUUGCCAUUACAUUUUAUCCAGGUGCUGUACUUACUCUUAACUGCUGGUACUAAUUCCACGCAGACAAAGUCGCGGGCAAAAACUAGUUUUUAUAGAAUAAGGUGCUUACAUCUCAGGAUAAACUAGUUUUUAUAGUUGUCUUGCCCGUUAUCUGUUUUAAAUACUGCUGAGAUUAAGCAUGUGUUAGUUCUCUGUGACAUUUUGGGAAAGGCAGUCCUUCAUCAACAUGGCUAGUCGCAAAAGAGUCUUUGACUUAUUGAGGACAGUAAAUCAAGCAGCAUGCAGUUGUCCGGCACACAGUCACCGGGGUAAUGUCCAAGUAUCUAAUGCAACCCCUAUACCAUCUACUGCAUUUGAGAUAAAACACGCAACUGUCCGUUACGGUCUUGGAGUCACGCAAGAGGUUGGAUAUGACUUGGUAAACUUAGGAGCCAAGAGUGUGUGCGUCAUGACAGAUCCAAACGUCGUUAACCUGAGUCCUAUGAAAGCAGUGCUGGAAGCACUUACGAAAGCUGGAGUCAACUAUAAGGUGUAUGAUAAUGUUCAUGUGGAGCCAACAGAAACCAGUUUCAAGGACGCAAUAAAGUUCACCCAAGACAAUGACUUUGACAGCUUUGUGGCGCUUGGUGGAGGUUCCACCAUGGACACCUGCAAGGUUGCCAACCUGCUGUCCUGCUAUCCAGGCUCGGAACUGAUGGACUUCGUCAACGCUCCCGUUGGGAAGGCCAAGCAGAUCGACAAAGUCUUGAAGCCUAUGAUAGCUAUCCCAACAACCAGUGGAACCGGCAGCGAAACGACCGGCGUCAGCAUUUUCGACUGCGAAAACAUCAAAGCCAAGACUGGAAUCGCAGGCGGCGCUCUCCGCCCACUCCUGGCCAUCAUAGACCCUCUCCACACCCUCACAGUACCGCAAACUGUGGCCAACUAUGCUGGCUUCGAUAUCUUCUGUCACGCCUUGGAGAGUUUCACGGCGAUACCGUACACAAAGCGAGAGCCUUUUCCGAAUCCGGCCGCGAGAUCUCAAGCUUAUCAAGGCAGUAAUCCUAUAUCUGAUGUUUGGGCCAGAUUUUGCCUGCAGACUAUCCAAAAAUACUUUGCCCGCGCAGUAUACAACGCAGACGACUUCGACGCUCGUUCAGCCAUGCACCUAGCUGCAACUAUGGCCGGCGUCGGCAUUGGUAAUGCCGGCGUGCAUCUCUGCCACGGACUUGCCUACCCCAUCGCAGCGCGGGGCAAGAAGUUUAUACCGAAGGACUAUGGGAAAAAGCCCAUGAUCCCCCACGGCCUCUCCGUCGUGGUGACCGCCCCAGCAGUGUUCCGCUUCACCGCCGUAAGCGACCCGGACAAGCACCUCGAAGCCGCCGGCCUGCUGGGAGCCGACACCACUGGCGUCAAACAGGCAGAUGCUGGAAAAUUGCUGGCUGAUACCAUACUCAAGUACAUGGAUAUGAUGCAGAUUGAAAAUGGAUUGAAGGCGCUUGGGUUUUCUGGAGAGGAUAUUCCGAAUUUGGUGCAAGGAGCUCUGCCUCAGCAACGGCUGUUGAAAAUAGCACCGCUCCCACAAUCAGAGGAAGAUUUAUCAAUGAUUUUAGACGAAUCAAUGACCGUUUUUUGAUAAGAAUAUCUACAUAUGUGAUACGUAAAUGUAAAUAAUGUUAACAAUUUUUAAAUAAAUGCAUUAUCA